CGACUGGCCGCGGGCUCGGGGGGCGGGGCCAGGGUUGCUAGGCGACGCUCGCAUCCGGAGGGCCUGAGGUGAAGCUGGAAGAUGGCGAGCGGCGGAGGUCGAGGCGCGGGGCUGCUGAUGCUGCUCCUGCUGCUGCUCCGGGUGUUGAGCCCGGGUUCGGCGGCGCACAUCAAGAAGGCGGAAGCGGGUCCGUCCUCCUCUUCAUCCUCCUCGUCGUCGUCGUCGUCCUCCUCCGCGGCGGCGUCGGGGCUGUUCGACCGCUACCUCCACGAAGCGGAGCUGGGCCGGGCGCUGCGGGCGGCGGCCGCGGCGGGGCCCCCGGGCCUGGCGCGCCUCUUCAGCAUCGGCCGCUCGGUGGAGGGGCGGCCGCUCUGGGUGCUGCGCCUCACGGCCGGGCUGGGCCCUCCGGAUCACCAGGACGACGACCGCGACGACGACGACGACGACGAGGAGGAGGCCGGGCCGCUGGUCCCGGGCCGGCCCCAGGUGAAGCUGGUGGGCAACAUGCACGGCGACGAGACGGUGUCGCGCCAGGUGCUCGUCUACCUGGCCCGCGAGCUGGCCGCCGGCUACGGCCGCGGGGACCCGCGCCUCACCCGCCUCCUCAACACCACCGACGUCUACCUGCUGCCCAGCCUCAACCCCGACGGCUUCGAGCGGGCCCGGGAGGGAGACUGCGGCGGAGGCCUGCCGGGAGGAGGAGGAGGAGGAGGCGGUCGCGACAACAGCCGGGGCCGCGACCUCAACCGCAGCUUCCCCGACCAGUUCGGCAGCGGCGGCGCCCCCGACCCCGUCGACGUGCCCGAGGUGCAAGCCCUCAUCCGCUGGAUCCGGCGGAACAAAUUCGUGCUCUCCGGAAACCUGCAUGGUGGUUCGGUGGUAGCAAGCUAUCCUUUCGAUGAUUCUCCAGAGCAUAAGGCCACCGGAUUCUACAGCAGAUCCUCAGAUGACGAAGUCUUUAAAUAUCUGGCAAAAGCUUAUGCUUCAAACCACCCUAUAAUGAAAACUGGUGCUCCACACUGCCCAGGAGAGGAAGAUGAGACUUUCAAAGAUGGGAUCACCAAUGGAGCUCAUUGGUAUGAUGUGGAAGGUGGCAUGCAGGAUUACAACUACGUGUGGGCAAACUGCUUUGAAAUCACCUUGGAGCUCUCGUGCUGCAAAUACCCUCCUGCUUCUCAGCUUCGACAGGAGUGGGAGAACAAUCGUGAAUCUCUAAUUACGUUGAUUGAAAAGGUCCACAUUGGAGUAAAAGGAUUUGUUAGGGACUCUGUCACUGGAUCUGGCCUGGAGAACGCAACCAUCAUGGUAGCGGGUAUUAACCAUAACAUCACAACGGGCAGAUUUGGGGACUUCCACAGAUUACUCGUGCCUGGAACCUACAACCUCACAGCAGUUUUAACUGGGUAUAUGUCGAUGACUGUGGAUAACAUUUUGGUGACCGAAGGACCAGCAAAAGAAGUGGACUUUUCCUUGAGGCCCACAGUGUUUGUGCCAAUCCUGGACCCUACUCAGGCAGUGACAGCUAGCACCAUUUCUAUCACUAAUGCUCCUACAACAACCUUGUUCCACCAGCAAAUUCAGCCUAAAGACUUUCACCACCACCACUUCCCUGACAUGGAAAUCUUUCUGAGGAGGUUUGCCAAUGAUUAUCCAAACAUCACACGGCUCUAUUCACUAGGAAAAUCAGUGGAGUUGAGAGAGCUUUAUGUCAUGGAAAUAUCUGACAAUCCAGGCGUCCAUGAACCAGGUGAACCAGAGUUUAAGUACAUUGGCAAUAUGCAUGGGAAUGAGGUGGUGGGAAGAGAAUUGCUUCUGAAUCUCAUCGAAUAUCUCUGUAAAAACUAUGGGACAGACCCCGAAGUGACAGAAUUGGUCCAAAACACAAGGAUUCACCUUAUGCCAUCCAUGAACCCUGAUGGGUAUGAAAAGUCCCAGGAAGGAGACCAAGCAAGUGUAAUUGGUAGAAACAACAGUAACAACUUCGACCUGAACCGAAAUUUCCCAGACCAGUUCUUUCAAGUCACUGACCCUGCCCAACCAGAGACGAUUGCUGUAAUGAGCUGGUUGAAGAGCUAUCCAUUUGUGCUCUCAGCAAACUUGCAUGGAGGAUCUUUGGUUGUGAACUACCCCUACGAUGAUGAUGAACAAGGAAUAGCUUUAUACAGCAAAUCCCCAGAUGAUGCCGUAUUCCAACAAAUUGCACUAUCCUAUUCCAAGGAAAAUGCCCAGAUGUACCAGGGGAGCCCCUGUAAGAGCAUGUAUCCAAAUGAAUAUUUUCCUCAUGGAAUUACCAAUGGAGCUCACUGGUACAAUGUCCCAGGUGGUAUGCAGGACUGGAACUACUUGAACACAAAUUGCUUUGAAGUGACUAUUGAGUUAGGUUGUGUGAAAUAUCCUUAUGAAAAGGAUUUGCCAAAGUUUUGGGAACAGAACCGUAGAUCUCUUCUGCAGUUCAUAAAGCAGGUUCAUCAGGGUGUCCGGGGAUUUGUGCUGGAUGCUUCAGAUGGCAGGGGCAUUUUAAAUGCUACCAUCAGUGUUGCUGAAAUUAAUCACCCUGUCACCACUUAUAAGGCUGGAGACUACUGGCGCCUGCUAGUUCCUGGGAAUUACAGAGUCACAGCAUCUGCACGGGGAUAUAAUCCAGUCACAAAGAAUGUGACUGUUAGGAGUGAUGGUGCUAUACAAGUCAACUUCACACUUGUACCCUCGACAGCAGAUUCAAAUAACGAUGAAAAGAAGGGGAAAGCCUCUGUCUCAAACACCGAUGCAAGGGAUCCCACCACGAAAGAAUUUGAGACUUUAAUCAAGGAUCUUUCAGCUGAGAAUGGAUUGGAGCACCUUUUGUUAAGCUCAUCCCCGAAUCUGGCUCUCUAUCGGUACCACUCUUACAAAGAUUUAUCUGAGUUUCUCAGAGGACUGGUUAUGAACUACCCACAUAUUACAAAUCUCACUAAUUUGGGCCAAAGUGCUGAAUUCCGUCAGAUCUGGUCCCUGGAAAUCUCCAAUAAGCCUAAUGUUUCUGAGCCUGAAGAACCAAAGAUUCGAUUCGUUGCUGGUAUUCAUGGAAAUGCCCCCGUUGGCACCGAACUGCUUUUGGCAUUGGCUGAAUUUCUCUGCCUGAACUACAAAAAGAACCCAGCUGUUACCAAACUGAUUGACAGGACUAGAAUCGUAAUUGUGCCUUCGCUAAAUCCAGAUGGGCGUGAGCGAGCACAGGAGAAGGACUGCACCUCGAAGAUAGGGCAGACUAAUGCACGUGGCAAAGACCUGGACACGGACUUCCUGAGUAAUUCCUCACAGUCUGGGGGAAAGAGGCAACCGGAGACGAAAGCCAUCAUUGAAAACUUGAUUGAGAAACAGGACUUCAGUUUAUCCGUUGCUCUAGACGGUGGUUCUGUGCUGGUCACGUAUCCAUAUGACAAGCCUGUUCAGACAGUGGAAAACAAAGAAACUCUAAAACACUUGGCAUCUCUUUAUGCAAAUAACCACCCAUCCAUGCAUAUGGGUCAACCAGGCUGCCCAAAUAAAUCAGAUGAGAAUAUUCCAGGAGGAGUGAUUCGUGGAGCAGAAUGGCACAGUCACUUGGGCAGCAUGAAGGAUUACAGUGUCACGUACGGCCAUUGUCCAGAGAUCACAGUGUACACCAGCUGCUGUUACUUUCCCAGUGCAGGACAACUGCCUACACUGUGGGCAGAGAAUAAGAAAUCUCUCCUCAGCAUGUUAGUAGAGGUUCACAAAGGAGUGCGUGGAUUUGUUACCGAUAAGAGUGGAAAGCCAGUCUCCAAAGCAGUAAUUAUACUCAAUGAAGGGAUAAAAGUUCACACAAAAGAAGGAGGUUAUUUCCAUGUGUUGUUGGCCCCGGGUUUUCAUAAUAUCAAUGCCAUAGCCGAUGGAUUCCAGGAACAGCAUACCCAGGUCCUAGUUCGCCCCGAUGCAGCCAGCUCUGUGACCAUUACCUUCGACACGGACAACCGAUUAUUUGGCCUGCCAAGGGAGCUUGUGGUGACUGUAGCAGGUGCGACGAUGUCUGCGCUGAUCCUGACCGCCUGCAUCAUCUGGUGCGUCUGCUCCAUCAAGUCCAACAGGCACAAGGAUGGCUUCCAUCGGCUCCGGCAGCACCAUGACGAUUACGAGGAUGAGAUUCGCAUGAUGUCAACUGGCUCCAAAAAAUCCCUUUUAAGCCACGAGUUCCAGGAUGAAACAGACACUGAAGAGGAAACGCUGUACUCCAGCAAACACUGAAAUGCAGGCGUCUGCGUCUCUUCCCCCGCAUUCACACUAAGCAGAAGUGAGGCUCCCUGAUGGAGACCCAGCAGUAUUGGGGGCAUCUGUCCUGCUUCCAAAAGCGCUGGAAAGUUUACCUAAAUGGGUAACCUCAAGGAAUAUGGGUGGCAGUUCUGAACUUCUUUUCUAAGACCUCUCAUCUUUCGUAUUCUGUCCCUAUGUGAGAAUAGGGCAGGAGGCAGCAGAGGUGAUAUAGCUUUUUUUUUUCCUCCCCCCCCACUUUAAGGUCAGCUGUUUGGAGCUCAUAUUGUGACUGCCCAAAGCCAACUGGUAGAUGUUGUAUGGGCACGUCGUGUUACUAGUGGCGUUCGCUUGUCUAUUUUUUUACAUAUAUUUUAUUUAAGUGGCUAAGAGAAUCCAGAAACCUUAAUGCGGGGAAGGUGGCUAGAAUCUGUGGCAUUAAGCUUUAAAACUCUAGAUUUCUCUCAGCCUGCUGAGGGGAUUGUGAUGACUCAGGCGCACAGAACAGGGGUUUCUUCAAUCCAGGUGAAACACGUUGACUUGAGUUGUAGGUGAGUGGCAUCAGGAAGGAAAGCCUCUAUAUCUCACACUCUGCCUGUUCUAAGGCUGUUUAGGAACUGUCACGCUGUACUCUGAGGUGGGGCCAUACUACCUCUUACUAGGCUUAGCACAGCGCUUAAUCUCCCAAUUUUCCGGGAGUGUUUGCAGGUCCCCUGGGGAAAGUGGUGUUGCAGAGAGAUGAGAAGAGACCUAGCAACCGCUAACUCUAUGCAUAUAUUUUACCUUAAACUCGACAGAGGCCUGCUACUGCAAUUUACGAAUUUCUGGUUCCAAAAAAAUAAUGCUAGGCUGUUUCCUGAAUUGGAAUUUUCAUAUGCUGUGCGGCCUCAUUGCUUCAGAUGAUGCACCUAUUCACCAUACUACAGUCUUCUGAUUGAAAUCAGAACUAAAAGAUAGAGGUCUAAUUGCACAUUAUUUAACCAUUAUGCGGACCAAGGGGAUCUAGAGAUUGUGGCUCCAAUAUUAGCAGCAUAACAGCCUUAUAUGGUAACUCAGUAAUCCUCAUUCUCUUAGGGAUGAGCAAUUUGACCUAUCCUAGACAUACUGAGGGGCGAAAUGAAUGAAUUCUUGUACCCACUGAUUCUGUUGCCAACUUUUCUGACCGACUUUUAGCUAGACAAAACUUGUGUUUAAACACGGCCGCCUCCUAGCAAGCUAAAGACUGCUUGUAAGUCAUCAGUGUAGUGCACUAUUGCGGUCUUCACUUCCUCACUGUUAUUCAAAAUGCCUAAGAGGUUUGCGUUUUUUAUCACGUCUAUCGACUUUCCCUGUUCAGUAAACAAUGAUGUGUUUGGUAAGUAUGAUAUUUCUUAGCAACCAUUCAAAGUGGUGCAAUAGCUCUGCUGCUACUUCUCUCUUACAAGUCAGUGAUGGCUCUGAAACCUCGCCAACCUUACCACCGCCUCUGCGGAUUGCCCGCUUGUCCGUUCCUCUUUGUCAUCCCGAAGCACCCUUUAGGAGGGGCCUGUCCAUUCUACAUAAUGGGGGCACGGAAGGAUGCGUCUGAAGUGGUUUGGAAACAGCCAGCGUGGAGCUGUUGGACUGGGUUAGUGAGAAGCCACUUUUACAUUUCAGUGGUUCUAGGCCCCUCAGUGCUGAUCAGAAAGGCUUCUCCAGUCAGGAAUUUGUAGCGGGCCGUCAUGGAAAAGUAAUGAAACCUUUAUUCCCCCCACCACCUUUUUUUCUCCCACUUCCCACCCCCACCAUGACUGGUGUUUCUGGGGGAAAGUCAAGUGGCUUUACUGCUUUAUUCCAUCUGAAGCCGCUGGUCCUUGGGCAGGCAACCCUCAGACUGGCUCCAGCACUUGGCUUCAGACUGUAAUCUGACCAGUGGCAGGCCCCACUUGGUACAUUGCAGCAGGCUUUUCCACCUCUGCAAGAUGCUGCCUUUUUAAUCCUAUUGAACUCAACAUCACUGCCUUAUCACUCCUCAUUGGCCAACAGGGGACUGCCUUCCAGUCGACAGACGCAUUCAUGGACAGAUUGAAUUAUUUUGGUAAUUCCUUCCAGAAAAUCAGUCAUAUCCAGCUGACAGGAUUGGGUUAGGAAGGAAUGAUGGAAAGCCUUCCCCCAUCCAUAAGUAAUGUUUUAAAAACAUUGUGCUCUGUACCUAGUCAAUCCCAGUUUGUAUUCCCCCCCAUUCUGAUCAGUGUGAUGACUACAAAUCUACCAGGUUUUGUGUUCUGAGCCCUUGCUUGAUGUUUUGUGGGAGGAAGAAGAGUAACCACAUAACACCGAAAGCUACUUGUGUUUCGAGCCGUCAGGUGAAGUGCGUUACAGCCAGCGUUAAUUCGCCCUUCAGUUUUCACUGGAGAUUUUAAAGAGCAUUACUGUAUUAAGAAAGUAGCUUAAAUUAAGUUUGCCUUUCCCUGUAAGGCAGAAGUCUUACCCAGGACUGAAGUAACCCUGUCCAGCAGGAGGGCAGAGUGCUAGGUUACUGGACUGAACCUCAAAAGAUGGGCUGUGCGGGGUUUAGUGGGGACGACAGACUUUAGGGAAUGGGGUUUCUUCGAAUCAGUGCUGCCAUUUCAGAGACCAUCGGGGCAGGGAUGAGACCAGUUUGUCGUGAAACUGGGUCGGCCCCAGUUUUCUCCCGUCCCCCGUGUAAAGUGUUGUCUAGCUGGAUGAUCACCGGGUGCAUUCUGCAGUGUCCUCUGGGGUGAUCCAAUCCCCAGCCCUGCUCUUAACUAUGGUGAGUUUGGAGCCUUCAUUCAUAAGGGCAAAGAUGAUGAAGUAGAGAAGAUUAAAACUGUAUGCCUAUGCUUUAAUCAGUGAACCUUUUCCAGUGAUGCAAAUGCGAUCAUUUUAAGAGAAGGAAAAACUCUGCUUCGGUUCAGUUUCUAAAGGGAUGAGAGGACUCUUUCCUGGUGAUGUGAGGGACUCAUGGAAACUCACUGAAAGGAAUUCUGCCUGGAACCUGCUCAACCUUUGGAGGAGGAAAUGUUGCAUUUUUGGCCUGGUUGUUAUCAGUCAGAGUUUCUGCCUGAAUAAGAUAUUAUUCCACCUGAAAAAAAAAAAAGAUAAAUGUGAUAUGUUGAACUUGUAAAUUGUGAUUUGGCAAAUAUGAAUAAAAACGGAAACUUUGCCAACAGUGUUACUGAUCUGCGUAUGAUUAGAAAUAGGGCAAUUCAGAGUUUUGUCUUCACGACCUGUUCCUGGCAUUCCAAACACCCCUCGGCAUUAAGCGUUUUUGUUACCGCUCUUAUAUUUGCAAGAAAUGUAGUCUUUGUGCCAGGUUUGUGUCUGCUGAAUGAAAGCCUUUUGGCUAAGAAGGCUUUAAUUCCGUAAUGCAGCUUGGCCUAGUGGAAAGAGCCCAGACCUUCUCAUCCCAGUUCCACCGCUUGUCUGCCGUGACCUUGGGCACCUCACUUAACUCCUCUGUGCCUGCUUUCUCAUCUGUAAAAUGGGAAGUAAACCCCACUCCCUCCUCCUUAAAAUGAGAGCCUCAUGGGGGACAAGAGCUGUGCCUAACCUGAUUUUCUUUUAUCUACCCAGCACUUGGUACAGUGCUUGGCACAUAGUAAGUGCUUAACCAGUACCAUAAUAAUAAUGGAACUAUAACGCAGGGCCUCAACAGGGCAAUACCACGAACAGCAAGCCAACCAGCUUUUGCAGGAACAAACCUGCCUGAAAUUUUCCCCUUAAGUUGCGCUUUCAUUUUUAACAAAAAAGCAACAUUGCAGACCAAGCUGAACAAUAUUUUUUCCUGGUCUUGCAUUUUUUAUGUCCCGUCUCUGGGCCUCUGCUUUAAUUAAAAGGACGGGGUGACUGGGGUCAGCUCCCGACUACCCUCCGGAGCAGAGGUGUGGGUUUGCCGGGCGCAAGAUCUUCCGUCUUCCCACCCAAUACCCUCAGCAAUAACUGUUAGUCUAGCAGCCUGCCUACGUUUCAGAUCAGUGGCACAGACAUUUUCUACUUUGCGGGAUGUAUUUUGAGAUUUACUAGAGUAAAUGGACAUUCGGGGUUCACUGGGUAUGAAUUACUAUGUAAAUGUGCGUGAUUGAAACUUUUAUAAGCAGCGUAAGAUGAAUGUACUAUACAUUCUAAUUUGGCCAGCCUUCUUGGGGCACUGAUUUAGAGGUAUUUUAUUCUCAGCUUAAAAUUCAGCAUUUCACAAAUCCGAGCCCUUGAGUUCUCUGGUUCCAACCAGUCUCAGUAAUUAUUUUCAUGAAGUGCCCAGCCAACGUAAGCUCGUGUCAAGUGCUUCAGUCUUUGGUUUAUAACAUGCACCGUGCCUUCAAAAUGAGAAAAUUUCAAAGGGACUUAAAUGGAGUUGAACGAUAGUUUUAAAAAAAACCCUGUAAUUUAUGUGAAUUCUAACUAUGUACCGAGGGCCUUUUGUUUUUUUACAUGUAAAAAAUCUAAUAACCUGUAUAAAAGUUAUUUUAUGA